UAGCAAAGCAAAAACAAUCUCAUAUCUUCUUGAUAAGACAAAACAUUCCCCCACUCUCUAGUAGAACAUGUUUGAGGAGCUGUAAAACAGUGGCUCAGAGAGCACGGUGUAAAAGGGGGUAUAAAAACAACAUAAGUAUUUCCUCUUGUGGAUAAGCAACAAUAGGGUGUCUGGCUAUAUCCUGCAUCACUUGCUUAAAAUCAUUGGAAAGGCAUGAGGCUAGCGUUCUAUUCUGUAUGGUCACAUUCUUUUUAAAUGUUCUUGUUCUCUGUGGUUUGGCUGCUGGGCUCCGGCCCUGUUUGCAGAAGGUCUGGCAGAAAAGUGAGGUGAACCAAGCAAGCCAAGCCUCUGCACCAGAAACUACACCGUGUUGUUGUGCAGUACAGGCAGUCACCAAGAAGAGGUUUGGGAGCAGAGAUUUCCGGAGUUCUCUCCGUAAUGGGCUUCUUUUGUGUUGUCUAGUUAACAAGAUCAAGCCAGCCAUAAUCAAGAGUAUUAACAGACUUUCCACACCUAUUGCUGGCCUGGACAACGUCAACAUCCUUCUUAAGGCUUGUGCCUGGACUAAAAGAAGCCUGCUUUUUCAUCCCGGGUACCUGCAGGAUAUAUACGCAAGUGCAACUCUCAAGCAUCAGAAGAGCAGCAGGAGCCUUAAAAAUGCACUUGAAGAUUGCGCUAUUCCACGGGGCAGUGUAAGAGACAGCAGCAUUGGAGACGCCUGCUCCUUAAAAAGACAGGAGCUCUUCCCACUACAGGCUGCAAACAGGAGAGAGGACUCAUUGGACGGCCUGAACUCACUUGACUCCUCCUGGACUCACAGAAUAUCCCCAAGACUCAAAAACAGCACUAAGGGCAGUCUCAGUUACCCUGAAACAGAGCUGGUAUCCAUGAUGUCAGAAAACAAGGACUAUCGCCGCUCACUGGUGGUCACUCCAAAGACCAGCACUCAGUUCAACCAGUUCCUGCCAAGCAAAGACAAGCAGUCAGGCUACGUUCCAGCACCACUACGCAAGAAGCGUGCUGACACUCGCAAUGAUGAAAACAGACGCAGCUGGGCCAGUCCCAUGUUUACAGAGGAGGAUGGAUCUUUCUCUAGGAUAGGCACAGGCUCGUCCUCCACCAAUGAACUAGGCAUUCAAACUUCUACGCAAGCUGCCUGGCCAUUCGGGUAUGAGAGCAGUGAUUCAGAGGCAGACCGUCCGGACCCUGACCUGCUCCUUGAUGAUUUGGCCAGCCGCCGGUUUCACACCCCCUCUGUCGUCACACCCACCAACUUUGCAUUACCCGUGACCUCAGGGGAAUCCACCACUAUGCCCCAAACCACCAGACCAAAGGUCAUGGUUACUAAUGUGCCCCAACCAACGUUGACCUAUCUCAGCAGUGAAGCUAGGCCUCCUCAGAAGGCUGCUAGGAGGUCUGCAUCUGCUGAUGUCUACAUGUAUGAUGACUCGGAGGAAGAAGAUGAUGAGAUUGGUUAUGCUGAUCCUGUUCAUGAUGACCUUUAUGCUCGUAAAGUGGGCCUGACAGUAGUCCAGCCCAUUUCCACUGUGCACUAUGAUAAAUUUCUCCCAAAGUUCUGGACACCGGAGGAAGACAUGCACGUGCAGAAAAUCAGAAUGGGCUCACAGCGUCGGCCCUGGUACAGAAAGAUCCAGGGCUUCAGCCAGAAGAAGUCUGGCUCAUCCUCAGAGGACUCCGACUGUGAUGUCAGUCCCCAGCUCUGUGUGUCCUCUCCCUCUCAUUCUGAACCCCCUUCCUCACACGCACACCUAUCCUCUGAAAUUCUUCUUCCUUCUUCUUUCCUUUUUCACUCGACAUAUAGUCCUACCACACAGCCACUCAUCCUCACUCAACAGACCUCUGGAGCCCAAAGGUUUCAGCUCCCUGAUUUCUGGCCCAGGCCAGACCCCACCUCAGGUCCAAGACUGAUUAAGUGCAAAAGACAUCCACUAUUAGGGCGGGAGCACCCUAACGACCCCUACAAUGUAUCUGAUGACAUUCUCCCUGACUUGGAAAAUGAUGACAUGUUUAGCCGCCGCACAUAUGCCUUCCACUCUAACACUGAGCUGGCCAGGAUGAAAUAUGGGGGUCUGCUUACCUCACAUCACAGGUCUGAGCCGUCUAUCAGAGUGGUCACUCAGCACAGCGAUGCCAAAUCUACUUACCCUGACAUUGAGAAAGACGAUGUGGUCACCCGCAGGUUACAGCAUCAGUCUACACUGCGCCCCCUUUCAGGAGCACCUAAUAACUAUCACCCUGUGCCUAUUCCUGAGCCCUGGGCCCUGCCACAGAAACUUCAGGCCAAGAUAUCUGCCCCGUGCCCCCCAAUACAGGUGCCUGCUCAGGUGCGUGCGAAACAGAAGGGGGACGCAAACCGAAAAAUAGAUGAUAUGCUAGUUAGGAAGCUUGGAAUUGUGCAUGUCCAGAAUCCCACUGAGGUAUCUCAGAGAUCAGUUGGAACUCAAACAGGCCCGAGUGUGCCAUCCUGCAGUGAGGAGGAUCUCCAAAAAUGGCAGGCCAUCAGAGAGGCCAGUCGCCUAAGAUAUAAGAAGAGGCUGAUGGUGGAGAGACUGUUGCAAAAGAACUCAGAUAGUGACGGGUCUAAAUCAUUGAGUGACAUCCCUGUUGAGCAGACAGUCCAAAAGGUUCAAUAUGAGGAUCUGCAGAAGAUUCGUGCGCAGGUGAAGGAGAAUGAAGACAAGUGGCAGGAUGAUCUCACUAAAUGGAAAAACAGGCGCAGGAGUGUUAACUCAGAUAUCGUGAAGAAGAAGGAAGAGAGAGAGCAGAUUGAGAUACUUAGUUCAGGCAGCAGCACCCGGAAAUCAAAGACCUUCAAGGAAAUGGAAGAGGAGAGGGAAAGCCGAGAGCCAGGCUUCAAGAGUCGCUUCGCUACCUUCUCCACUUCUGAAGACCAGGAUGUCUUUGAUGAACCAACACCCAAGACCAGGGUUUUACCAACACGCAGCUAUACCGUCGAUAAUCCCUACUCCCUGAACCGAUCUAAAGUGCGCUCUCUGCCCAGUUUGCUAGAUGAUGCACCAGAGGCUGGCAGUCUGCCAUCAAAUGAUGUAGAUGCUCCAUCCAGUCCCAUCCAGUCCAACUUAGGGACCACUCUACAUACAAGUCAAGGAAAACAAACUAGCAUCUCCAGCAGCCAUAGCCUUCUGGAUGAUCCAGUUCCUACUAGUGUCACCAGCAAACCCACUCUACUAGAGCCCACCAGCACCACUCAGUCAAGGGGCACCAGCACCAUCUUCAGCAGUCCUCCACUGGAGGCCAACAACAGCUUAAAACCAAUUACAAAAUCCAGCAACUCUGUUAACCCUGUGCCUGCACCUAGGCAAAACCAAAGCCAGACUUCCUUGUAUAAACCAGUUUCAACAGAAACAAAGCAACCCAUUGCACCUCGGGUUUCUGCCUCACUCCCCAGGAGCUACCAGAGAUCAGAUAGUGCACGGAUCACUUCUGUCGUCACUCCUAGACCUUUUGGUGUCCCAAGCACCAAAGUUGCCUCCCUGCCCCGUACCUAUAUGGUGGACGAAUCUCAGAAGCGCUUUAAUGGUGAGACAAGCGGUAGUAAGCAUAAUACAGCACCUAGCCGUUAUGCAGCAUUUGUGAAAGAAGAUGACAUUAAUUCCCAGACCAGUUCUGUACAAAGCAGUAAUGAGGAUGAAGGGGAUGAAGAGGAGCAAGUUUUUCCCCCUACUCAGACCUCCACAUCUGUGACUCCAGUCAGUCGUGUAGCUCCACAACCCAUAGCAGUGUCUCCUGUCAACAGCACACAGCAGGAAAGCUACAGUGAAAUGAGGAUCAGCCUGAACCAGAAACCCAACAGCAGUCAUGACUUUGGCUUCCAGACUAACUGGGACUCCACAGGGGCCGCUGUCAAAUCUAUACAACGAGGCAGUCCGGCAGAGCUGUGCCACCUGCAGGUUGGGGAUAAGAUCUUGGCAGUUAAUGGGCAGAAGGUGGCAGACAUGAGCUAUGAGCAGUGGAAAAGGAGCAUGGAUGAAGCCCUGCAGGAGGGUAGCCUGUUUAUGGACAUCCGCAGACAGGGAAAGAGCAAUUGGGGAAAAGACCUACCUUCCCUUCCAUUUAAAAGCCAUAAGGUCAUCAAUCUCACCAGUGCGGAUCCUCUAGGUUCCCCUGAGCCAUAUGCCAACGUGAGCCUGGACUUCACUUCAUACCCAGCCAUGGAUUCCACUGUGAAAACUCUGAAUUCCAGCUCCCAGCCUGUCAAUAGUCUGCCUUCCAAUGGCAUUAAUGGUGGAAUUCGUGAGGAACCUGUGAUUCUGAGAAACAAAGAAUCCCUUUCUUUAAAAAACCUUAAAAGGAGAUCGGAGUUUUUUGAACAAGGUGGAUCUGAAAAUCAAAUAUCAGAUCUUCCAGUUCCCUCUCUCUCAGCCUCCUCUACUCGCUGGUCCUGGGACCCCGAGGAGGAGCGCAGGCGACAGGAGAAAUGGCAAAAAGAGCAGGAGCGCCAGCUCCAGGAAAAAUAUCAACGAGAUCAAGAAAAGCUGGAGGAGGAGUUUAGAAAAGCCCAGCAAGAGGCUCUAGUGGAAGGCACAAAACAAUAUCAAGAGGAGAUGAGGAGCCUUGAGCUGGCGCAGGAGGCCUCAAGACUGGCCCUCAAAGAGGAAGAGGAGAGGAGGAGGAAAGAGGAGGAGAGGAAAAGAAGGGAUGAACAGGAGCGCCUUGAGGAAGAGAGGAAAAGAAAGGAGCAACAGGAGCGCCUUGAGGAAGAGAGGAAAAGAAAGGAGCAACAGGAGCGCCUUGAGGAGGAGAGAAAGAGAAGGGAGCAACAGGAGCGCCUUGAGGAGGAGAGGAAGAGAAGGGAGGAACAGGAACGCCUUGAGGAGGAGAGGAAGAGAAGGGAGCAACAGGAGCGCCUUGAGGAGGAAAGGAGAAGAAGAGAAGAGCAGAAAAAGAGGGAAGAACAGAAACGACUGGAAGAGGAGAGAAAGAAGGAAGAAGAGGAGCUUAAACGAAGGGAGGAGGAAAAGAGAAGGAGAGAGGAAGAGGUACAGAGACUGCAGAGGAAAAGAGAAGAAGAGGAGGAGAGGAGGCGCCAAGAGGCCCAGCGGAGACUUCAGGCAAAUGAUGUGGAGUAUACUUUCCCUGAGCUAUCCUACUCACACAGGGCCAAGUCCAAAUCUACUCCAGAGCUGGAUGACAAAGAAAGUACUGAUAUUAAAGGUGUGUAUAGCAAGCACAGGGGCCUGGCAGGUUGGCUUCUGGAGGAAGAGUUACGAAGGAAGAAAGAUCCCCAUAUCCUGAGACAGCAGGCUGCAUCUGAGCUGGAACUAGAGAGGAGAAACAUCCUUAGUGCUAUGAGAUACAGUAAUCCAGAGAGAGCUGUAAGCAGUGGUCUGGGUGAGAGAUCUCUGAGUAAGAAUAAGAAUGAGCCGGUAUCUCAGGCUGAAGCAGAAAGGCAGCAGAUCAUUCAGGACAUGAAGAAGAAGACUGCAUUGUUGACAGACAACAGCUGGAUCCGUCAAAGUCCUACCACCAGUAUGAACAAACAGCCAGUCAACCUUCCCAUGAGGAGAGGUGAGUCUCUGGAUAACCUGGACAUGACAACAAACCGCCCUUCCUGGAGGUCAUCAUGGACUCCGGGCACCACUUCCUCCAUCCCAGACUAUAGCCGUCCUUAUUCCUCUCUCGCUGGCUCUUCUUCUUCAUAUCAAUCUCUGAACUCCCAUAGACCAUCAUUGCCCCAGUUCACAUCCACCACCGCCACAAAUCCCGAGUCUCAGCCAUCCUCACGAAACAGGUCAGUCAGUGGCAAGAAAAUGUGUACUUACUGUGAUAUGCCACUGGGCAAAGGAGCAGCAAUGAUCAUCGAGUCCCUGGGGCUAUGUUAUCAUUUGCAAUGCUUUAAGUGCAUUCAGUGCAAAAUUGACCUUGGCGGCUCAGAAAGUGGAGCUGAAGUCAGGAUACGAAACAAACAGCUCUUCUGUAACUCCUGCUAUAUGCGAGUCAAAACAGGGCAGCCAACUGCCAUGUGACCUCAUGGGAUUACAGCAGAUUGAGGAAGAACCUGGUCCAGAUACAUAACCAUGAACACUAUAACUAAAGUUAUGCAUUAGGACAGCACUACGGGAUGACAGUCAAGAUAACACUAUAAACAUCUGUGCUUCCUUUUUACCUAUUAGAGGGGGAGAGGUAAAGUUAUAUGUUUCCAUAAAGUAUUACUGAAUAUGCUUGCACAAAGUACAAGGGACAUGCAUUUACUUAGUAGCUAGCAAUGUAUUUGAAAUAAUUAUCACUGUCUUCUUCACAAAUGGAAGCUCUGGAUGAUUUGUCAUGAGGGGCAUAUGUCAUGAAGGUCUAUUUUGUAGUAAUUUUUGGAGUGAUAGAAUCUGCUGUUUCUGCUGUCUUCUCUUUCUUUUUCAAGUCUAUCUUCAUCAGACCUCUGUAUGUUAUGGUGUGUUGUCAAAUAUCCUGUAAUAUUCGUCAUUGUGCCUUUAUGUUUGUGAUGGGGAAAGAUUAUUUAGAAUAAAUAUAUUAAGAAUGUAUUUAAAAGUGGCAUGGUUUGUAGGAAGAGUUUUAUGGAAUUCAUUUAAGACAAGUACAAUUUUCCACAAACUAAAACAAUCUUAUACAUACAAAAGAAAUUGUAUUCACCAAUAUUUGUAAAUAAAGUGACCCAACCAAAAUGUAUGGCUUAGUAUAAAUCUGUUUAUAUA